CGUUCUUUUUCCGUUGCGGUAUUUUCAAUUGAUUUAUAAACAAAGAAAUUAAAUUAUUUACCUAAAAAACAAUUAAUAAAAAUUUUUAUAUUAAAAAAGAAAUACUCAUUUAAAAUACAAUAUUAAAAAAAAACCACACCGAUCAAAAACUAGUUUUUCUACUUUUUAAUAUUAAAAAAAAAAAUUAACAUGAAAGUAUUAAAAUGUACUGUAGUUGGUGAUGUUGGUACUGGCAAAACAUCACUAUUAGUUAGUAAAAAUAUGGUAGAAUCAACAAUACCUGCAGAAUGUGUAACAAAUCAACUAUGGGAUUAUCCAGUUAAACCAAUGUUUGAUGGAAAACAUAUAAGUUUAGAAGCAUGGGAUAAACCAUUUCCAUUAAAAUCUAAACCAAAAAAACCAUUACAAUAUUCUAAAACUGAUAUAUUUUUAUUAUGUUUUUCAAUUGUUAAUAUUGAAUCAUUUAAAAGUAUUAAAGAAAAAUGGUAUCCACAUUUAAAUAAUUUUUGUCCAAAAAUACCAAUCAUAUUAAUUGGUAUUGAUUCAGAUUUAAGAAAUAAUGAAAAUGAUGAAGAAAAUUAUAUUUCAUAUGCAAAAGGUUUAGAAAUGGCAAAAGAAAUUAAUGCAAUCAAAUAUUUAGAAUGUUCAAUUUUAACAAAAGACGGUUUAAAUAAAAUAUCAAAUGAGGCAAUGAGAUUAAUAUUAAAUUCUUCGAAAAAAUCAAAUAAAAACAAAAAAUCUAAAUGUUUUAUCAUGUGAUAUACUGUUCUAUACUGAUAUACAGAAUAUACUGUUCAUAAUAAUAUUAUAAAGAAAUAAUAUUAUAUAUACAACGUACUUAAAUGAAAUACAUUGUUCACAGAUCAUAAGAUGUCUAAAUGUUCAUAAUGAAGAUUAGUGAAUAAUCAACAGUAAAUAAAAGAUUCUGAGAACCAAAA